CUGUCAUUUGUCAAAUAAGUCAAAUGUCAAUGUCAACAAAAUAUUUGGUGACCUAAUUUGUAUGCGGUUCCGAGCGGAAUAUUUUAUUAAUUAACUAAUAUAACAAUAAAAUAUUAUCAAUUAACCAAUUAUAAAGCACCGCAAUCCAUUAAUUGUGUACCCAAGGUUUGCCUAUCAAGUGAAUUACAUCACUUAAGAUGAAUGCAGAUAGCUCAAUUGGAGACAGCAUAAAAAAGGAUGAGAAUGCACCUCCUGUGUUGCCAGCUAGCCACCGCUUUGUGGAACCAGUCAAAGCAGUCAAAUCAAUUACAGACAUGGCUAUUUGGGAGAAAUCUGAAGCUUACAUGGAGUUUACAGGCUUUAUAGCAACUCUUAAUGAAGCCAUCAAAGGAAAGCCUUUGUCAGUGGACUGUAAAAUUUCUGAAAAUGUUACAAAAAUCAUGAAUAUGCUGGAUAAGAUUGAUAAAAUGAUUGAUGAAUUCCCACCAGUGGAACAACCACAGAGAUUUGGUAACACCUCAUUCAGGGACUGGCUUAUAAAAGUUAAGGCAAAUUCUACAACAUUAUUACAAGAGGCAUUACAUCUCAAUUUACAUUUGGCCAUACCAGAAAUAAAGAUUUACUUAGAAGAGAGUUUUGGGAAUGCAACACGCAUUGAUUACGGCACUGGUCAUGAGAUGUCAUUUGUAAUGUUCUUAUGUUGUUUAUAUAAAAUUGGCUUUCUUUUCCCUGAGGAUAAUGUUGCUACUGUAUUUUUGAUAUUUAAUAAGUACCUCAAUAUUGCCAGAAGAUUGCAGAAGACAUAUAGAAUGGAGCCGGCCGGGAGUCAUGGUGUGUGGAGUUUAGAUGAUUACCAAUUCAUACCGUUCAUAUGGGGAAGUUCUCAGCUUGUGGACCAACCAAAAAUAUAUCCUCCUGCCAAGUUUUUGGAAGAUGAAAUUAUUGACAAGUUUUCAAAUGAAUAUAUGUUUUUGUCAUGCAUAAAAUACAUAAAGGAAGUAAAGACAGGGCCAUUUGCAGAGCAUUCUAAUCAGUUAUGGAGCAUCAGUGCUGUAGGUUCAUGGACAAAAAUAAAUCAAGGGCUCAUUAAGAUGUACAAAAAGGAAGUGUUAGCCAAAUUCCCAGUAAUACAGCAUGUUCUGUUUGGUUCUCUUCUCCCAAUCAGAAGGUUUCCAAUUAGUAAUUAAUUCAACAUUGAACCACAAUUUUACAUUUUGUGGAUUCUAACAAUAAUAUAUACUGUAAAACACCAAGUACAUACCUACACAAGAAUUUCUAAUGUACUAAUGAAUUUUGUUUUAUGUAAACCAGUAUUAGAAAUUGUGCAAUGUUUAUGUUAGAACUAAAUCUGUUGAAACAAUUGAAUGUGAUAUUAAAAUAUGUAUAGAUAAUAAUGACUUUAAUGCGAGGCAUUACAUUAUUUGGUACCUUCCUUGUUUUUAUAUGCUUAAUAUAUUAUUGAGUGAUUAACUUUCAAUUGACUAAUAUCUUUAAAGAGUAAAUAUUAAUUUAAAAUAUAACUAAUCUGCUAUGAUAAAAGUGCGUAAUUUUUUUUAUGUAUAAUAUCUUCCAUCUUCAUAAAUGUACGUAGCCUUUAAGGCAGAGAUGGCGAACCAAUGGCAUUUGUGCCAGUUGUGGAACGUGACAAAAUAAUUCGGGUACGCGAGUAAUGUGCUGAAUAUUGUAUAUGUAUCUUUGGGCUUCACUGCGCUUAAAAUCAGGUCAUAUAAAUUAUAAAUCAUGUUGCAAGGGAUAAAUAUAUCGGAUAAUUAUAUUACACUUGAAAGAGCAUAAGUUGAAAUAUAAUAAAUUGAUGUAUUGCCGAAGUUACGAUUUGAAAAGUUGAUUUUAGUUAAAUAGGUAUACCUACCGGUUUUAGAGAAUGUGCGCGACAGCCGUGUGCUCCAGGUUCUUGGGGGGGCGCCACAUGCUUGAGUUUGAUGUAUUCGCUUUGACAUAAAUAAGAGAAAGACCUCUAUGUAAUUAUUUAAUUUGAGAUACACCAAUAAUAAAACAGUUGGGUUGACCCAUCUAGACCACCUUGGUAGACUGACAUCCUAAAGAUAUUAACGUCAAAAAUUGUGAAUCAAGAACAUAGGUACUGGAUGGGGAAGAUGGGUAUUAAAAGUGAUUAUCAUUGAAGAUUGAGUUCACGGGUGUAUUGAAGGUUGGGAGGGAGUCAGAGAAAUUCCGCUGCCUCGCUCUUGCACGAUUACGCACUUGAUUUUAUUUUUAUUGAUAAGGGACUAAAAUACUUAGAAAAUUUCGUGAUGUGAAUCCGCCCGAAAUCAGACGAAUCAUUGUCAUCAAACGGGUCGGCUUGAGAGGCCGUUGGUACUAACGUAGAUACUAAACUACAUAUCGCUAGUCUUCUGUUUUAAUUUCGUUAUUAUGUAAAACCAAAAAAAUCAUAAGAUAAUUCCAAUUCAUUGGUAAUAUCAGUUACAUGUCAUAUCGAAUAUUAUCUCACGAGUGAUAACAUUGAGGCCUAGCGAUUACAAAUUAUAUCACAGCUAGGUAUGGGUCCGUACAGCUGAAGAACCUAAAAAAAAAUAUAAGAAGCGCACGCCUUUAGAUUAAUAUUAAUAUAGUUGCUGCUGCUUACCUAAGGCGCGGCGGUUGCGGUUUAACCAACACCGCUUGGAUUUGUUGCAGUGCGGGCUGAUACUCUUUGCUUUUUAAAGUUUUUAAUACUUGGUCUUGCAUUAUUUACAUCAAGUUCUGACUUCCAUAUUUAAUACUUAUUAUUUAUAGAUUUGAUGCGCUAUUAUAAUAAAUACAAUAUUGCCGAUUUUAA